AUGGCCACCUCUCUUCAUUCUCGUCUUACUUCUGUCGAGGCAAACAUCGAGAAGGUCUACGGCCUGAUACAGCGUUUACAGUCUUUUGGCAGCUCGGAGAGCCCUGACGACGAUGGGCGUAUCAAUAUCAGUACCGACAUACACCAGGCUCUAGGAGAAAUAGAAGAGGAGAUGGAAAUUUUACGGGUAGAAACCCACCCCCUCGAACGGAGACGACAUCAACGCAGGGAAAGUGCACAAGUUGGACCUGCUGGCGGGCAGUCCAUGGUACUAAUGGCGAAAUUGGAGGAAGACUUGAAAAUAACAAGGUCUAAAUUCAGACGGGCGCAGAUAGAAGCCAAACGCAAUUCAGAAAUUGCAAAAAACAGACAGAGGCAGCUCCUCUUCCAGCCUGCUAUGGAUGGAGGGGAUGGACCGAAGAGGAGAUCACCGAGAUUCACUCAUGGUGAUAUCGUUGCAAACUCAUCGAAAGAUGUAACUGCUGCAUUGAGGCAAACACACCACCUCAUGCAGUCUGAACUUUCAAGAAGUCAGUUUGCACAAGAAACGUUAGAACAAUCUACCAAGGCCCUUGGCUCCCUCUCGGAAUCUUACAGCAACCUAGACACCCUCCUUGCCUCAUCUCGCUCGCUUGUAGGAUCCCUUCUCAGGUCCCAAAAAUCAGACACAUGGUACCUCGAGACAGCAUUCUAUAUUCUGAUCGGCACAAUAUCAUGGCUCAUAUUUCGUCGAAUACUCUACGGGCCCCUCUGGUGGCUACUCUGGCUUCCCCUAAAGCUCUUUGCUAAGCUUACAUUUGCCAUCUUGGGAGUCUCGGGGGGUGUCUCACAGGGCAUAUCCGGUAACAUCAAAUCGAUCUCAUCAUCUACUCAGUCAUUACCUACCGCUAGCCUGGGGCCAACCGUAACCAACUCGUUGUGGAACCCCAAGUCUACUGACACAGCUAGUAUUCCUGACAUGGCGGAAGAUGUAAACCGUUGGAUCGAGACAGGACAAGAAGGCGGGAGUCUAGUCUCCACGGAUAAAGAUAAUCACCAACCUACGCAGCUGCCGGACGGCCCGAAGGUUUUCCCCAACCCUAAUAAAAGGAUGUGGGAAGAACCGGUAGUGGACGAACUCUAG